GUCAACAGGGAAGCUGGAGCUGGAGCUGGAGCUGAGAUGUGCAAAGGCCGGCAUUUAUUGUGAAUUAAGAUGUUUCUUUUUUGUGUUUCUUUGUUUUUUUUGCGGAUAGUGUCAGCCUCCGAAAACCAUGGAAUGGAGAAAAUACAGACGUUUGUCAUCCCACACAGUCAUAUGGAUGUGGGCUGGGUAUAUACAAUACAGGAAAGCAUGCAUGCUUAUGCAGCCAACGUCUACACUUCUGUUACUGAAGAGCUGACAAAAGAGAGGCACCGCAAGUUCAUUGCUGUGGAACAGGAGUUUUUUCGCCUGUGGUGGGACUCCGUGGCUACUGAGCAACACAAAAAACAGUUGUGGCAGUUGCUGAAAGAAGGACGUCUGGAGUUUAUUAUAGGAGGGCAGGUGAUGCAUGAUGAAGCUGUGACAGAUCUUGAAGACCAAAUAUUGCAGCUGACUGAGGGCCAUGGGUUUCUCUAUGAGACUUUUGGAGUGAGACCUCAGUUCUCUUGGCAUGUUGACCCCUUUGGAGCCUCAGCAACCACACCAGUGGUCUUUGCACUUGCCGGCUUUAAUGCACACCUGAUCUCACGCAUUGACUAUGACCUCAAAGAUGAUAUGCAGAAAAAUAAGAAAUUGCAGUUUGUGUGGAGGGGCUCACCAUCUCUAGGUGAGAAGCAAGAGAUCUUCACUCACAUCAUGGACCAGUUCAGCUACUGUACUCCAUCACACAUUCCCUUCUCAGACAGGUCGGGAUUCUACUGGAAUGGUGUGGCCCUUUUUCCUGACCCCCCAAAGGAUGGUGUUUAUCCUAACAUGAGCUUGCCUGUCUCCAACAACAACCUCCAUUCCUACGCUGAGACCAUGGUGAAUAAUAUCAAACAGAGGGCAGCCUGGUUUAGGACCAAACAUGUACUCUGGCCAUGGGGCUGUGACAAGCAAUUCUUCAAUUCCUCAGUUCAGUUUAAGAACAUGGAUCCUUUGCUGGCUUACAUUAACCAGCACAGUGAGGAGUUUGGGGUUACAGUGCAGUAUGCCACUCUUGGUGAAUACUUUGAAGCUGUUCAUAAAGCAAACCUUUCCUGGGAUGUAAGAGAUAGCCAGGACUUUUUACCUUAUUCCACAGAUCCCUUUCAGGCUUGGACGGGGUUUUACGCCUCUCGGAAUGUGCUGAAGGGAGCGGCUCGCAGGGCGAGCUCUCUUCUGUUUGCGGCGGAGUCGCUGUUCACAAGGUACAGGAUAAUGUUCCCGGACGGACCGAUCCCCAAAGAAUGGGCUCUGCAGCAGCUGCGAGCCCUCCGAUGGGCCGUCUCUGAGGUUCAACAUCACGAUGGAAUCACGGGGACAGAGUCCCCCAAAGUUGCUGACAUGUACAUAGACCAUCUUGCCCAAGGAAUGAUGGCAGUGCAAGAGCUAAUGGCUGCAGUUUUCCUGUUACCAAAGGGAGGUGGCGCGCCGUUCACAUACAGCCAAGAAACCGCGAGUAAAGAUUUUUCUCAGGAUCCUGAACAGCACAUCAUAGUCUAUAACCCCCUGGCAUGGAAUACCACUACAUUCAUCAACGUUACAGUGACCUUCCCAGUGGCCAGGGUGUAUGAUGAAGAUGGAAAGCCUGUUCCCGCACAGAUCCAGAAAUCUCCUGAAUCUGUUUCUGUGUAUGAUCUGUACAUCCUCGUUAAUUUAAGUGGACUGCAGUACAAGAAAUACGUAAUAAAAUUUUCUACAUCACCCUGCCGCAAAGACUCUGAGUCUUGGCCAACUUGUUUUGGAAGAGUGGUGAAAUUUGACCGCCAGAAAGUUAAGAGUUCAAAGAUAACAGGCCGGAGGCUUCUACCUGUCAUGAAUAGAUGCUAUAUGGUGAUGAUUGACCUGGACACAAACUUGCUCCAAAGCAUAAGAGAUAGGACAAGUCAGAAAACUGUAAAGUUGACCCAGGAUUUUGCAGAGUACUAUGUCAAUGGGGAUGUCCAGCAGGGACCCAUUUCUGACAAUUACAUUUUCACUGCCCGUGGGUCAGCUGUCCCUGUUUUUAAAGCUGUUGGUAUGGAAAUUGUUCCUGGGAAGCUUGUGACAGAGAUAAGACAGUACUUCUACAGAGAAGAGACUGACAAGAACUACAGAUAUGCCAUGUACACAAGACUCUACAGCGUGCCGGAAGAGUAUGAAGGGGAUUUGGUGUGUCAUCGUAUAGAGCAGAGUUAUAAAAUUGGCCCACUAGAAGUGAACAGAGAAGCUAUCUUGAGGACUGUCACUGAUCUGAGAAAUAACAAGACUAUAUUUACAGACAACAAUGGAUUCCAGAUGCUGAAGAGACAACACAAAAUGUUUGUGAACAAUACUGUGGCGAGAAACUAUUAUCCAAUGGUGCGUACUGCUUACAUUGAAGACAACUCGAUGAGGCUGGUAUUUCUAAGUGAGAGAUCACAUGGAGUCUCCAGUCAAGAUCAUGGUCAAGUCGAGGUCAUGCUUCAUCGAAGGUUGUGGAACAAUCAGAAGUGGAAUCUGGGAUAUAAUCUAACUCUGAAUGACACCUCUAUUGUGCAGCCUGUCCUGUGGAUGAUUCUGGGGUCUAAGUCCAUGACUUCAUCUCUCUACCAAAGAAAUUCAGUGGCUCUUGAACACAGGCCUGUGGUUAUGCUAAUUGACACUCCAAGAAAGGCCUGGACUGCCUCAGAGCCCAAAGAACAAACCGGCCUUCCAGUACAGCCUGUUACUCUCCCAGUAAACCUUCAUCUUCUCAGCCUCAGUGUUCCAGGCUGGAGGUACAGCUCAAACCACACCAGACAUUGGAGAGACGUUCUGCAAGGUAAAACAAGAAAAGCAGAUCCUGACUUUGACCGAGUAUUGCUAAGGAUCAUGCAUCUCUAUGAAGAAGGCGAGGACCCUGUUCUGUCACAGCCUGUCACUGUAAACCUGAAGGAAGUCCUGAGGAGCUUGGGCCCAGUGAGCUCAGUGGAAGAACGUUCUCUCACAGCAACCUGGAAUCUCUCAGAGCUUAGAAGAUGGAAGUGGAGGACAACACCAAAGAAUGUCGAGGAGCUGAAAAAUCCUUCGGUUACAGAAGACUUCACUGUUACAAUAUCGCCUAAGGAAAUCAGGACAUUUUUUGUGCACUUUAAUUAGCAAUUAAAAUAUGCCAGUAAUCUUCUAUGAAGAUGGCUUACCAUAAUUUUGACUUUCAAGAAUCUAAAUAUUGUAAAUAUCCAAAGAUAGGCAUUAUCAAUGCUUUUUAGUUUCCUUCUUUUCACCUUCAGCAAUGUGACAGUUGGGCAGAAAGAUCAGCUAGCAACAAUAAAAUAACAAGGAACAGCCUCUGUCGUGUAAUUGACCUUUUUUUGGUAGCAUUUUCUGUAAGUAAAUGCUUACAUCUUCCUUAAAUCAUUACUCACUGCUGGAUGAAGAUCUCCCCUAAGCUAUUCAAAGAACGUCUGUUCAUAGUUAUCUGUAACCACCUGUAUUUUCAGAACAUACUAAUUUAAUUCUGCCAUCUGAAAUGAGUUGGAAAUUUGGUCUCCAGGAAUCCUUUUUAGCAUUUAACUGACCUGCUCUGUCCCACUCUAAUUGUAAUAUGUCAUAUCCUUAUGCUUCUGUAACCAUUUACAUAUUAACAGUGAAGCUGUGAAUCAUUUCAGUAUCUGUAAAAUGGAGGUUGUAGUUUUGACGGUAUUCCAGACAUCAUAUUUUAAUUUUAAAUAGAUUUUGACACUACAGUAUAUCUCUUUAGCAGAUUGGCAUUGUUUACUCAUAAUGACUUGGACUUCAUUAGGUCUCUGCUGUAAUACAAAAUCAUGUAAUACUACCCCGUUGUUCAUUUGUCUACUUAGCAGAUGCCUUUAUUCAAAGCAGUUAGCAAAAAAUAAUUACAGCUUUUGAGUUACACAGAUUUAGAGAUUUUAGGAGAAAGAUUAUUGCAUCCAAAUACAAAUCUUUGUCACUUCAUCCCAUUUGAUUCCUGUGGUAGUUAGUCAAACAUUGCUCUGUGCAGUUGUAGCAGUGACGUGACCCACAUAUAGAUUACAUGUUUAGUCAGUGGUUUAUUUUUAUUCUAAGGUGUGUAAAAAUACUGCACACUGUAACUAUAAGUUGUAAACAUUUUAUUGUUUUUUUUUGCCUAAAAACAUUAAACAUUACUGUUUGCAAUUGA